CCCUCCCUGUCUGUGAUUGGUGGAUCUUCCCUCUUCUGCCUUGAUUUCUCUCUCUUUGCUCAGGUUGUUGCACUUCACAGCUGCAGCUGUUUCACCCUGACUACAGAGGGACGAGAGAUUGUUCACUGAUCAGGACUCAACAAAUAAGAGAUGGGCAGAUAUCCCUUCUUCGUGAUUGUGCUGUGUGGGGCAUUUUUGCCAAGAGUCCUUUGUUUACUACAUGGAAUCUCUACAAUAGAUUGUGAUACUAUGCUACCAGAGCAUGGAGGUGAACCACAGCAAUCCACUCCACCAUAUAUUAUUGCUCUAUCUUCCGAUAAAUAUGCUCCAGGAAACGAAAUCCAAGUGACUCUAAAGGGAAUUGCAGAGCAAGGUUUUCAAGAAUUUAAUCUACAGGCUCGAGAACUUGAAGGAGAUACUCCUGUGGGUUCAUUUAAAAUUACAGAUUCAAACACGCAAGCCCUAGCAUGUUAUAAUUAUUCGAAUUCAGCAGUAAGCCACACAAAUUCAGAGGUGAAGUACGAAGUUACAACAACUUGGAUUGCGCCUUCAGACAUCAAGAGUAUCCAAUUUAGAGCAACAGUUGUCAAGGAUUCAGAGAACUUCUGGACUGGAGUUCACAGCAAAAGUGUCACUCCUAAACUUUCUCGGUCAGCCAAAGUCACAGAAAGAAGGAAUAGGAAGAAGGGUUCACGGAUUUUGAUAGAGAUGGACUGUACCAAAAAAGGAGGAACUUACUCAACCAGUAGUGGAUGCAUCCUGAUUCCUGGUUCCUCUCAGGUCGGUUCUGUUGUUCAGAUUGGAUCCUCUGGUUCCUCCAAGACCAGUUCUAUUGGUCAGGUUGGAGUCAUUUAUGCAGGAGGUAAAACAAGUGGAUGUGCCCCAGGCAGGGAUGGAGUAUACAGCAAAUAUGGCUGUAAAGAUAAUACUAUUUCUCAGAACACUGGCCUUUCCUAUGGUCAGUCUGUCUCCUCGGGUAAUGAUAUUAUAAAGCCAAAGCCCAUUCCCGAAAGCAACCCCUACCCACCUGAGCGCCACACAUUCCCACUGAGUGGGGACAGAAUCCCGAGCAGCAAUAUUGAUAACCACAAAAUCCCACUGGUUGUGAAAAAAGUCAAUCCUUGUGAUCAAAGUUCAUCCUCCUACAACAUCGUGAUCUGUAGACGUAUUCACUCUUCUGCCACACAGAACAACCCUGUCAAUGGCCAAGGUGAAUCGUCUUCCUCAGUUGUCAGUUCGGCUUGUGGACAAGGUACUUCAUACGACAGCAAUCCCUGCCACCAGGGUUCACAAAAUUCUUCAGUCAGCAGUGGCAAUGCUUGUAAUCAGAGUUCAUCCAAUUGCACAAAUGGGAAGCCUGUCUUUACCCGGGAUACAUCUCAUGCUCUGAGAAGAAAGAAUUAUAAUAGACAGGAUACAACUUCCUUGGAAAGCACUCCACCAGGAAAUCCAGAUACAACUUCCUUGGAAAGCACUCCACCAGGAAAUCCAGAAUCACCCUUAGAUGACCAAAUGAACUCUGCUGCGAAACAAUCCAGCCCUGGCCUUUUGCUGCUAUUCAGUAUUUUAAGUACCUUUGCCAUCUCUUCUUCACUUGUGCACAAGUGGUUUAUAUGAACUUCUGAAGACAUGACCGGAGCCUACAACAUGUAUUCUGCAAUAAGAUUAAUUUUCUGUACAAAAUUCUAGUCAAACUUGAAUAUAUAAUUUAUCGGUUGUAAUUGUGUAUAGUUAAUAUGCCAUUGUUUUGAUUAGUUCUACCUGUUUCUGUUUACAUGCUGGUUUAUUUUUCAGUAUUUUAGGCAUCAUUUGAAGAGGAGAUAUUGUGCCCUAACUAUAGGAACGUUUACUUCUAACUGACAUGAUGAAUACCUGAUCUGAAUUUGAUCUAGUUGUGAAUCCAAGCACUCGCAAUAUCUAGAACCCACAUGGCUAUUAACUUAGGGAAAACAAUAAUAGCAGAUUGUCAUGUGUACAAGCUGAAUGCUUUCACUUAUUACAUAAAAUAAAGUUAAUCACAUAUUUUGUAUAAAAGUGUCAGGGGAGAAGAAAAGCAGCGUUAGAUUAAAAGUCAUUCUAUUAUAGUAAUUAAACUAGAACUAAUUGUAAAUCUCACACAGCAGAAAUUUCUUACUAUAGUUAAACUUUUUGGAUAGUCUACCUCUCUAUAAAAGGACAAGGCAGGCAGACAUUCUGAUACUUAAGAUGGAACAUUGUAUGUCUAGACCUGUGGUUUUUCAAUCUUUUCAUUUGUAAACCUCUAAAAAUUUUCAAAUCAGAAGUAUGGACUUCUUUGAAAAUCUUAGACAUAAUCUGUGGAUCACAGGUUGAAAACCACAGGUCUAGAUAUAUCCAUCUAGACACUAAGAAUGUUUGAGAAUUAGUCUGGGUGUUGUAACUGCUAGAAUCUCUGUAUCAGCUCAAUCAACGUGUAUUUUACCUACACUGUGAGAGCUGAUCCAUUGGCAAAUUUAAUUUCAGGAGGAUAUUGAGAUUCACAAACUAGUGUUGCUGUGCAGCAGACAUGGUCCCAGAGAAAUAUACAGUCUUUGCCUGACGAGUAUUUCAAGGAAACAAAGUUUCACACGCAUCUUUUAGCAGUGUUUUUCCUUGAGCUCUGUUCAGAAGUAUUGCCUUUUAAAGGCUGAUACACAAUCAGGGAAUAAACAGAUUGUCCCAGAAAAUGCAAAUACUAGUAGUUUUAAAAUGUAACCUGUUCAUGCUUACUUUCAAGCAAUAAUCUCCUAGCAACAGGUACCUGGUGUUUAAUAUAUUACAUCUUUAUUGUAGUGUCUCUUACAGAUAGGUACAAUUGUCAUAGCUCUAAUAGAAAGGUAUGUUUUAACAUAGGAUAGGUCUAAACUGCGUUGCUCUUUUGGAAUACCUUUAAAAGCGGGCGCACUAUUCUGGCGUCCCUGUAAUAGUUAAGGGAUUUGUCAGAAUAGUGCCUUAUUUUGAAAUUUGGCGCUGUGUAGACAGUGCAAAAUUUCAAAAUAAGCUCUUUCGAUUUAGAUUUGGAGUAAACUAUGCAAUUUUCAUAGCACAAAUUGUGUAGCUUAUUCUGACAGCAGGAUGCUGUCUAGACGUACCCAUAAUGUCAAAUGUUAACCAAGUGAACCUAAAACACUUUUACAAUAUUAAUCAAAGACCUAGAAGUUGUAUAUAGUCUGAAUGAGUUUUGCUUGCAUAAUAACUCCCAGAUUUGGCCCACUGUGUAUAUCUUUAAAAAUGGGUUAAUAUAUAUAAUUAAAUAAUUAUCUAAAAUACAAUAUGUGGUAUAGUGUUCAUUUGCAUAGAAACUGCAUUACUUUAAUAAAUAAGUAUAUUGGGCCCAUAUGAUAUCUUGCCACUUAUAAGUUUUUAUGCCUCAUAAGUGACAACAUUUUAAAACUGUUUUUCAUAUACUUGUGUGCAGUUUUGUGAGUUUUGUAACAUACUGUAAUUACUUGUGGGCAGGGUAGAAAUACAAGGACUGAUUGUAGGUGUAUAUAACGUGGACCCAAGAGUUGUAAAUUUGGGUGAAGUGAGAUUUUGAGAGAAAAAUACUGCCAUUUAUAUGGCUUUGUCUCAGAACAAAGAUAAAAUGGAAUAGUUGGAGGUUCUGGGCAGAAGCUCAACUGUGAAUCAAUGAGAGAAAAACAGAGGUUUUUUAGGUAAUAUUGUUUCCCUUAUUCUAAUAAAACUUCUUCAGCUGUUAAA